AUGCCUCGCGCCGCGCCCGCCACGGCCGCGCUCGCCACCGCCACGCUCGCGGUACUCGCCGCGCUCGUCGCAUGCGUAGAAGAAGAAUGCAUCGACUGGGAAGGGAAGUCGGUACCCCACGGUCUGCUGUACGUGCCGGGGCCGGGAGUAUGUUCCCUCUGCGUGUGCUACCACUCUGAGCCUAUGUGGUGCAAGGCUAUUUACUGUGAUCCGCCUUAUUUCUGCAAAAACUUCCGCGUCGGCGCACGAUGCUGUGAGUUCGAGUGCCUCGACCCCCCAGGAGAAGACACCAGAUACCGCGAGAGGCAGCGGCUUCGGGCCCUCAUCCUCGCUGGCAACUCCUCGGCCCCCCACCAGGGCCCCUCCAUCGAACUCAAAGCAGGAAUCUCCCUCCUAGCUGUAGCCGUCGCGCGCUUCGUAUGAAACACGGAACGCGUAGACCAUAACCAAUUGAAAAUUUAAGGGAGUAUUUGCCUGGCUAAGGAGGUUUUAGUUCGUGAAAUUGAAUGCCAAAAACUCACAUUCUAUGAUACUACGAUCUGCCUAUACCUAGUAAGAAUGUCCUUCACUCACGGGACCUUUUCUCUAGAACUAGAACUAUGAUUUUUUCAUGUUCAGAGUACACGAGUUCUUCUGAUUAUUAUUGUAUUAGUUCCGUUUACAACAAAAUGAAUAAAUUCGGACCAAUUUUAUGUAACCGAGUAGAGUCGUGUUCUUUUUUGUUUUUCUUUAUUUCAAUGUUGAAUGUGAAAAUGUAAAAGUAGAAACAUUACGUCAUAGACAAUUAGAGAGGAAAACGUUCUUGUUGUUUUGGUAGAAGAGAAAAACAUUCAGAGUAAAGAAAACCUUAUUAAAACCUCAUUUGUAUUCUAUUCAUCUUCAGAACAUUAAACUAAAAAUAAUGGUGCCACUUUAGUCGAACAAUUAAAAUGUAUAGGAAAAAAUGUAGGUCAUGACACAUUGCAGAUAGAACACUUUAUUUCCCCGGUCCAUAAGUAAAUUGUAAGUCCAUUAAACGGUAAAAAUAGACAGUAUUUAAAAGAAAAUCUUAAUAAAAACGUUCUAGUCGACUCACGCAUUCUGUGAGCAUGCGUCUUUCUUCACUUCUUAAAAUAUUUCACUUAGCUAGACACGUUUCGAAAUUGUAGCUUUAAAUUUCAUAUCAUCGGGCGUCCGAUUCUGUAAAUUAUUUGUAGGAACUGAAGUGAUUCAUUGGCCCACUCCAUGCGGUGAAUCACUCACCGGAUGAAAUAUAUAGCACCAAGUUCUUUGAAGAAUCUGGUUUUAGUAAUUUUAAUAAGAAAUGCUUCCAAGAGCAAAACUUCAGGUAAAAAGCAAAGUGCCUUGAGAGACUCGAGGCAAAUUUUAUUACACGCUUAGAGUUUAUUAUGAAUUAAAAUUAAAGUUUUACACUAAGAUUUUUGAAUUUUUCCCAUUUCUGGCUUAAUUCGGAAGUCGAAUGCGUAUAAAGUCGGUUUCUUAUUAAAAUUAUACUUAAGAGUAUACCCCUGGGGGAAUUGAUGUAUAAAAAUAUCUACAGAAUCGCACCCCAGCUAAUUAGCGUAAAUUAAUUAGUGCAACAAUAUAGUAGGACGGUCAUAUUACGAUACUUUGUAUUCGUGAAUAGUUGGCAACGUAGGAAUUGAAUUAAGGAUUUCGGAGCAAGUCGUGCGAGGCUAAAGCAUGGCCCAUUUAAUGUCGGCUAGCAUGCUAGCUAGUGCUUUGGAAAAUUCACUUUAUUUACCCCGACUCACGCCACACAAUCACAAAGUUCCGUCGGAAAACAUUGACAUGUUUUGGACGCGUCACGCAGGGCUGGGAAAGGGGCCAUAGUAACACGAAAACUUAACAUUAAUACACUAGCUUUUUGUGAAAAAAGGAAAGUUGAAAGUCAUAGGGCAAAGAGAGACAUGUGGCUUUACCAUUACAACUGACCCUACCUACAUGAAGGGAUAUUAUUACUGUAAUGUUUUAUAAAAUAAUAUCUCUAAUGAAAAUCAUUUACAUUAUUGUAAAAUCCCCUGGUAAAAACCUAAUAGACGUUAGAUAUUACCGACAUGAUCCCAAUAAAAGCUCGCUCAUCUUAUUCAAACAGAUUUUUAUCGAAAGUUUAACAUAAAAUGACAAGAGAAUAAAAUGUGUCUCAGUUUUUAUCUAGAUGACGAAUAAAAAGGCCUGUCAGGGAUGAAAAAUAGUUACCAUGAUUAAUGUUCAGAGUAGGACCGUAUGAAAAAAAUCGUCAACAUCGAAAUACUUGUACAUAGGGUAUGACGAUGUGCGAUUACAAUAAGAUUGAUGGCAUCACUAUCACACUCCUGUUUUAUUCAAGGGAUAAUAAACUCAUAUUUCAUUUCAAUCGAGUCCCGUCUCGAUAGUUUCUCGAUUGCGAACCAUUGGAUCUCGAGUGUAGACUGCCAGUGCCUUCUGCAAGACUUUAUUCAAACGCCCAUUAAAAACAAUGUAGCAAUGUUGCGUAUGGCAACAUUGUCAGUUUAAUAAUUGUUCGAGACUGUUCAGGUUGAAACAAUGCUUUUAAGAGAUUACAUACUUUGUACUCCAGCAGAUUACAUACUCCAGCCUUCCUGGAUACCUACUUAUCAUUAUUAUUGAUUCCUGUAAUCAGAGGAAGAAUUCGAUUUGUAAAUUAUAAAAACUACCUACUGCAAUAAAACCCUAUCCGUGUCGAUAAAAUGUAAAAUGCACUCAACAAUAUUAAAUAAAAGAUAAAUGCCCCAUUUUUCCACUAUGGUAAUGUUACCAGAGACAUCGAUGGGCCGAUUAGUUCGCGCCAUUAUUAUGCAUACGACACACUACACGACAAUUACUUAACGCGGCCAUAUUUGAACACGGUUGAAAAAAGAACAUAAUUUCAGGCCCCCAAAGAGCAUAAUGCCAUGAAAUUUAGUCUUGCAUGACCGAGUGGUUUUUGUACCUCGCGUGUUAGACUCAUAUACAAGUAAUACCCCGAUUGCUUCAAGCCAGCUUUAAUAUAUUUAACCUUGACAAUAAAAGUUAAAUUCCCGCAACUAAUUACGAAUGCAAUUUCUAUGAAGGUUUCGGUUUUAAAAGGCUGUUAUUGAUUGUCACUACUUAUUGGCCACAACUUUUCCUUCAUAGCUCUGAGAUCAUGAUGAGCUUUUGAAUUUUUUCCCGAUUUAGGUACAAAUAGGUAAAAGAACGCACGACAGUUAAGGUCAAGUUCCAUGUAGGUACUUAAUUAUAUGAAAUGUUCCUACCCAUUUUAUUAUUUUAUUUAAUAGACUCCUGUAUUUUUUACCGGCAUUGUCAUAAUUAGAAACCUUACAAUACUCAUGUACCAAGUCAAGUGUACAGUUAUAAUCUGGAGAUAAUCGUUGACAUAAUUUAAUAAUGUCCUCAAGUCAAUUUACAUAUUUCAUUACGCGAAGCUAAUUACUUGCGCUCAAUUUGAUACAUAAAGCUUUGGUCGAUCAAAUAAACCUUUAGUUCUUCAGAAAUAGUCUCAUUUUAGUUUCUUAAAAAAUAUAUUCAUAAAUACUUUUUUUUUGUUUUCCAAAGUCUUAGGCUAAAUGUAGAAUACCAUAGAAUCCGAAAAAACUAUGACCGUCAUUAUAAAAAAAGAUUCACAAUUAAAAAUAAAAGGAAUUGACAAUGAUUUCACGUCAUUAGAAUCAUUCAGUCA